AUGAAAACGAUUUUCGAUGAAUUUGUGAACGAUGAGACGCGUGAAUUCAUUGGCAUCAAAAGCGGAAAUUUAACUUAUGCGGAAGAUUCACCGGAUUUUGAAGGGCUACACUCUGCUUAUUUCAGCCUUGUUAAUACUCCCGGAAUCGAUAUGGAGGAAAUCCCGUAUAAAGAAUUGGGAUUCACGAGAAGAAAAUUGUUUUAUUACGCAUAUGCCUCUCUGCGAUGCACUGAUUCACAAGAUCUCAAUAGGAUCGGUGGAGAUCAUUCACCUUCAUUUGUUCGUAACAUCACGAUUCAAUCGUUUGAAGGAGCAACCUUUUACAUCGACUACUCUCAAAAUGGUUGCAAUGCUCCUUUAACGAAUCCGGACAAUCCUUGUGCCGAUCGAUUACCAUUCACGGUCAAUGGGGAACAGUUAUCACCGAUGUUCAACGAUACAAUCAAAGAUGGACCAUUGACCUAUUUUUGGGCGCAAAAUAUGAACACGGAAAGUGAUGGUUGUCGCCUUUUUGAGUUAACAUGUCCGGCUGACGCUGUUCACUUAUAUUAUGCCGGCACAUAUUCCGAAAAUGAAGCAAGUGAUCCUCUCUUUCGUGAUAAGAAAAGUGAACCCAUUUAUUCGAGAGCAAGUGCCACAACAGUGUACUCAGACAGUAAAUUCGGGUGCACUUUUUGUCUCGAGUUUGAAACAAGAGACGUUGUCGAGCAAUUGAACGCUUUUUCUUUGUGGACUCCAUUUUGGUAUCCCUGGAUCUUCGAUAAAGCUGAUCAAUUGUGGACUGCAUCAAAGAAACAUAAACAAGAAUUCUAUGGAACUUUUGAUACACCAGAAAACCGCUUGACAACCUUUCGGGUGGAAUACCUUGAUGGUGGACGAUUGGAGGCUAACGGGUUUAUCUAUGAUAAUGAUGAAUCUGAUCCAUGCACUGAUGCGCAGUACUACAUCGAGCUUUAUAAGGAUGCACUCAAGAAGGAUAAAAAGGUGAAUCCAGUGGCAAGUCUUCGAAGGAAUCGAUUGACGAUCACGAUGACGAUAGAAAACGGAUGGCGAGAUGGAAAACGG